AUGGAUUCUUACAAUCCAUAUCCCCACUCCUCAAGUUAUCUAGACCUUCUUAACAGUCAACAAGAAACUCAUACCCAAGGAAACUCUUCUUAUGAGAGUUUCCCUCCUUCUGCCUACAACCUUGCUUCUGAGUUAUCUAUUUGGAGUUCACAGCAAUCAGCUGCCACACCUACAUCUGAAGAAACUCCAGUGGAUCGCAAAGAGAGAAAGAAGUGGAACAAUACUGAUGAUGAAGUACUUAUCUCUGCUCGGCUCAAUAAUUCAAAGGACACAGUAGUUGGAAAUCAACAGAAGGCUGGAUGUUUUUGGCAGAGGGUGGGAGAGUAUUAUGCUAGCUCUCCCACUUCCACAGAGAAUGGUCAGAAGGGCUUGAAUGUUAACUGCAAGCAAAGGUGGCACAAAAUCAAUGAUUUUGUGAACAAGUUUGCUGGUGCUUAUGCAACUGCAGAAAGGCUCAAUAGUAGUGAUCAUUUAGACAAUAAUGUUCUGAAGGUCGCAUACGAUAUCUACUACUCUUACCACAAGAGCAGGUUCACUUUGGAGCAUUGUUGGUGCCUUUUGAGGUAUGAACAUAAGUGGCUCAGCCUGAACACUAUCAACAGUGGUACACCUAAAGGAAGAUCAAAGAGGAAACCUCAACAAGAUGGUUCACAGUCAGCAACUAGCACGGGUGAAGACUCUAAGAUCAGACCGGAAGGGGUCAAGGCUGCUAAGGCAAAGAAGAAUAAUGGUGAAGGGAAGGCAGUAGCUGAGUAUCAAAGCAUGUGGGAAAUCAAGAAGGUGGAGAUGGCUGAAACUGAGAAGCUUCAGAAGCUUGCUAUCCUUGACACAAUACUGGCUAAGAAGGAACCUCUUUCUGAGAGUGAUGAACUUAUCAAGAAGAAGAUUGUUUCUCAGUAUUUCUGA